CCCUGUGGAUGGCGGUAAACAAAAUCGACAAAAUAUCUGCAGCCUCUCCACACUCUGCAUUGGAUUUGGUCCUUUUAUCUGCUAUGGCCUCUUACAGAGGAGCAUGCAGAAUCCAUCACCCCACUUGCAUUGUUGACACUCUCUACUCUGAGAUAAUCUGAUGCCAAUGAGGCCAUGGGAUUGAAAGAGCAGAGAGGGAAGGAUAACGUCAGAGCUCAUGGGAGUGAUGUCGGAAAUGAUGACAGCUGUAGCACUGGAUGGUUUUCCUUCUGAACCUGAAGCCACUGGCAGCUCCUUUCAACUUCUACAGGCUCUGCUAUGAUCAUCAGCCCAAGUGAAUGUUCACAUGGCAUUCCAUGUAGGAUUAGGAGGGGCAUCUCUGAUGGAAUACAUAAAAGCCCCGAGAGCAAAAUACACAAUUGUAGGAGAAGCGAUACGAUAUGUCAUCCCAGCACACAUGCAGUGCUCCAUCGGCUGUGGAGGGGAAGACUGCAAGUAUGACAACCCAAACUACUGGAGUGAGGACCAACAGGCAAUAAAAGGCCUAUAUUCAUCCUGGGUCACAGAAAAUCUUCUUGCUAUGUCCAGGCCUUCAACAGAGAUAAUUCAGAAGUAUAACAUUAUUUCCCAGUUUUUAAGGAAUGGCAUUAAAACAGUCAUCAACCUGCAGUUACCUGGAGAACAUGCAAGCUGUGGGAAGCCUCUGGAGCCAGAAAGUGGUUUCUCGUACCGCCCAGAAGCGUUCAUGGAAAACAACAUUUAUUUCUAUAAUUUUGGCUGGAGUGACUACGGAGUGGCCAACCUCACCGCCAUCCUGGAUAUGGUGAUGGUAAUGGCCUUUGCACUGCAGGAGGGAAAGUUAGCAGUCCACUGCCACGCCGGACUUGGCAGAACAGGUGUGCUCUUAGCCUGUUUCUUGGCCUACGCUACCAGGAUGACUGCAAACCAAGCUAUUUUAUAUGUUCGUGCCAAACGGCCCAACUCCAUCCAAACCCGGGGUCAGCUGCGGUGCAUCAGAGACUUUGUCCAGUUUCUUGUCCCUUUACGAAGCGUAUUCUCCUGCGCCAGGCCUAAGUCCCAUCCCAUAACACUGUCGCAGUAUCUUAACCGCCAGAGACACAUUCUGCACGGUAAUGAGAGAAAGGAACUGAGGUACCUACCCAAGAUUAUACAUCUAGUCUGCAGGCUCUUGGUGGACAUAGCUGAGAACAGGCAGGUGAUUGAGGAGGACAUCCUUGAAGCCCCUGAUAUCCAGGAGAUUGAAACAACUCUGAGUGUCAUUGAGAAGAUGGGGCCUGAAUUAUUUGCAAAGGAGCCCCGGUUACCCGGUUCACCCACCUUACCCAGGCACUUCAAUGAGCCUCCCAUCUUCUACCACCGCAAAAGUCUGAGCUACAGUGAGUCUGACUUGAGACGCCUGGGAUCACAGCUAAACCUUCUCACACAAUCUCUGACCACCGUCUCCAAAUCAGAGAACACUCUACCGUCAUCCCAGAGUCAAGGUCCGAACAUCAACAUAUCUGAUGUCUCUUACAGCUCGACAGGCUCUCUCUGGCAAAUCAAAAAUGAGGAAGGGCAGAAAGAUGGCAUUAUUGUGGUAAAGAAAUUAAAAAGGAGAACCAUCCAACGCAGCGAGUCAGUGGGGAACAAUAAGCCAACUAAAAAGGGUAGCAUGUUGUCUAGGUGGAAGGCAGAGAGGAGGGAAGAGCUAGCAAUGAAUGGGGUAAAGCUUCAAGAUCAAGAAAAUGAGCAAUCAGAGCUUCCGUGCAUCACCCUGCAGUCUGAGCUGUCUCUGGAAGCCAGGAGGAUGCUGAUGGCCCAGGCACUAGCAGUGGACCUUUUUCUCGAUGGGGAGGAGGAGCAUAGGACCAAAGUUUUGGCCUGGCAGGCGGAGCUGAACCAAGGCAGUGCAUGGGAGAGGCUGUGCACAGAGAGGGAUCCCUUCAUCCUGACUGGUAUAAUGUGGGCAUGGCUGGAGCAGCUUAAAGAACCAAUCAUCUCCAUCCAAGAUGCUAAAACCCUCAGUCCAGACAAUAUCGAUGCAAACACUGUUCUGAACACUCUGAGCCAGGCAUCUAAAGAAACAGUAAGAUGCAUACUCAACUGCAUGGCUCACAUGAUGAAAAUAUCAGAGGAGGUUGAAGAUGCUUUUCUAUAUAGAGCAAUCAAAGCUUUCACCUGGAUAAAAAUUAAUUCAGAGGAGGGGAGCAACCUGUAUGAGUCUAUGACAAAAGUUCUGAGGUGUGUUCUUCUGGACCUGAGAUCCGUUGCUAUGGAGGAGGAGGAGGAAAGAGCCAAACCUGCACUCCAUGUGACAUGACUAAACCAGUCUGUUAUGAAAUAGAUACUUCUGUGCCUUGGGACGGUCAGAUUCUUUUAAUCUUCAGUAAAACAUCAUCAUUAUUGACAUGAACUCUAUACUUUUAUAUGUUGUAAUAUAUUGUCAAAACAUCUUUAGCAUUAGGUAGAACAAAGCACAAAUGUGAAUAUUUACAUUAAAACAUUCUGCCUUAAGCCUUGUGACAUUCGCCCCUUGCUUUAAGCAUGCUUAAAGAUCCUUCUCAUGCAAUUUUAUGACCAACAUAAACAAAUCGCAGGUUGUUUCUUUCCAGUUAACCGUCAACAUGUGAUUCCACCAAAGAGCAUAAGAGUCGAUAAUAAAACCAUAUGACAGAAGGUUGUAAAGCGUGUG